UCCAUCAAAGCAAAGUGCUCAAUUUUCAUUAAACCCAAAUCAUCGAUUUCACAACUAUCUUUCACAAAACCUCCAAAUUGACACUUCUAGAACUUUCUAUCAUCUCCAUCCUUACACCACCAUGACAACCACCCUCCUCCGCCGCGCACUCACUACAACUCUCCGUCCGAUUCUCUCUCUCCGCCAUUUCUCAACACCACUUCCACAAACCCACUUCUCUAAAACCCAAACCCCAUGCGAACAACAAUUCUUAGCUUGGGUUCAAUACCUCAAACCCGGAUUCACAUCUUCAGAUGUCAAUCAUGCUCUUACCUCCCAAUCCGACCCGGAUUUAGCCUACGAUAUUUUCCGUUGGACUUCUCAUCAACGUGGGUUCACCCACGAUUCCUCCACUUACCUAACCAUGAUCCAGAUUUCCAUUUCGGGUCGCCGUCAUCGUCAUGCUGAAGCCCUUCUAGAAGAGGUUCUUGCUGGUGCUUGUCCUGUUACCCUCCCUCUUUACAAUUCAUUGAUUAAAUUCUGCUGUUCUCAUCGUUGUUUAUUUAAGCGUGCUUUUGAUGUUUACAAGAAAAUGUUAAAUGAACCUGCCCCUGAUUGUAAACCUAAUUUACAUACUUUUGCUUUGUUAUUCAAUGUUUUGCUUAAGAGGUUCAAUAAGUUGAAUGUUAGUUAUGUUUAUUUAAAUUCUGUGAGAUCCUUGAAUAAGCAGAUGAAGGUACUUGGUAUUGUGCCUGAUACUUAUGUGUUGAAUAUGAUAAUCAAGGCGUAUGCCAAGUGUUUACAGGUGGAUGAGGCAAUUCGGGUUUUUCGAGAGAUGGGUUUGUAUAGAUGUGAGCCAAAUGAGUUUAGUUUUAGUUAUUUGGUUAAAGGGUGUUGUGAGAAAGGGAGGGUUUGGCAAGGGUUUGGAUUUUUUAAGGAGAUGAGGGAGAAAGAAUUCGUGCCAACAAGUAGUUCGUAUAUGGUUUUGGUUUGUAGUUUGGCGUUGGAAAGGAAGUUUGAGGACGCAGUUAAGGUCUUGCACGACAUGUUGGAGAAUUCAAUGAAGCCGGAUUUUUUGACGUAUCGGACUUUGUUGGAGGAGAUGUGUAGGGAUGGAAGGGGUAAUGAUGCAUUGGAGGUUCUUGAGGAGUUUAGGAAGAAGGAUGUUUCGAUGUGCAUGAAGAAUUAUCGAACAUUAUUGGAUAACUUGCAUUUUGUGCAUAGGGACUAGGGAGUAAGGGAUGUGAUGAGGAUAUUUGGUUGUUUUUUGAAUGAUGCCCAUCAAAUUCGGAAUAAUAAGCUUAUAGUUGAUGGAUGUUUUCAUUGAGAGUUUGAGACAUGAUUUAUGUACAUUCACUUUUAGAAUUUGUAAUUCGCUCAAAUGUUGCUCUAAAGUGACCAUAAUUUGCUUUUUUUACUCGUGAUUCAUGAGGAGAUUAGCGCAUCAUGCUAUACUGUUUCUAUCCAUUUUAAGGUCUUUAUAUAGAACAUGGGUUACAAUUGUUAUGGUGGCUCUAUGGAAAGGUUAGUCAAUUAAUGUUAUAAGCUUGAAGAUGCGUAGAAAGCUACCAUACUAGAAAUCAAUCAGGGAAAUUGGUUCUGAAGUAUUCUUUUAUUCAAGUGAUUCAACCAAAUUAUUAUUAGAAUCUCAAUUCAUGAUAGGAAGGUUCUGAAUCUUUCUUCAACUUGGUUGUAUUCACUAAAUCAAUCUACAUAUCAGGGAAAUUGGUUAAGAGUCUUGGUUUUGUUGAAUCCAAAACUUUUGUGAGAGGCAAAUGCUUUGGGCUAAUUAGAAAUGGACAAUGAUAUAGAUGUCGUAGUAGAGUUGAUUUGUUAAUGGAUUACGGUCUACUUUAAUACAACAUCGCAAUUGGAAGGAUACCCGUGAUUUCUAAUGGAGUUGCACGUUAUCUAAGUCAAGCUUUUUGUCAGGGCCACUCCCUUUCUACCAGCAUAAUGAUUUUCUCUAAGGAUGAUAAAGAACAUAAAGGUUUCGAGCUUCUCAGAAGGUCUGCUUGUUAAUUAGUACAUUGUUUUUGCAAUGUAUACUUGAUCUUUCUCGAGCCAAAUGAAUCUUUGACCGCAUCCUUCUUUAUGGGUAUGAGUUGCCACAUUCCUUCCCUCCUCAGACUCUGAUCAUAGUUUCCAUGGUAUGAUGCACUGGGUAUGAUGAUAAUAGAAUAGUCGUCAAAAGAAACUGUUGCACAAUUUCCAAUCUUCUCCGGGCAUGGUUAUAAUGUAAUACUAUCUAAUAUCAAAUUGGCAGAUUUCAAGAUUUUCAUUUCUUGAUUAUAUUGGUCAAGUUUUUGUCAAAGUUUGUUACUAGAUUAUCUGAAAAAAAAAUGGUAGUUCGAGUAUAGAUCGAGAAUUUAAGUGCACUUUCUGGAAUCAAUUAUGCGGGUUUUGAGGGUUACCAUUAUUAAGGCAUUUUAAGCAGCAAUCCAAAUUUGUAUGGGCGUGUCCUCGCUCACCUAUGAAGGAGCAAGUUACAGCCUUACAGGUAUGAAUGUAUGAUGCUAGCUUCAUAACUAGUAAUAGUACCGACAAAAGGUGAAAUCGUUCCAGAGGUCUGUUAUGCUUGCUGUAAGAGUCGGGCCUUGCAAUAUAAUAUCGUCCCAUGUCUCAUAGCACUUGGAUAUUUCAGUAUCAACUAUUUCAUCCCCGCGAUCAGCAGCAAUGUUGGACUCGAGGAAUUGUAGUAAGAGUUGCGAGGUUGAUCAAGGGACAUGUUUUAUUCAGGUUGCAGAGUUUGAGGCUUUGAGCAGUGUUAUCUGGGUGUCCAAAUGCAUCAAGAUCACGUUUGACAAGGAAUAACAAUUAUUCUCGUGGGAUGAAGAUUCACCGGAAGAUAAGAAAUCCUUCACCAACUCCAAACUCUCUAGAAAUCCCAUUAAUUUACCACCGUAAAGACCUUGGUGAGUAUCGUGUGGUUGCCUAGCAGUUGAAGGACUUUCGUUUUCACCGGAUUGAUAAGGGUUUGAUACUCACCUCCUACUGACAAGAUUAACUCUUGGCCUUGUUUCGGAACCCAAAGGUCUCCUUGUUGAUGGCAGCCAAAAAGUAUUGGUGCACAAACAACUACUUUUUGAUGAUAAAGACUUUCAGUCAAUACUCAAUCUGUUUCUUUGAGUUUGUAUCAUAUGAUUCAAAAAACUUACACACAAUUAAGUUAUAUGGUGUAAACUCAAAGAGAUAAAUAAAUUAUAGCUCAAGUUUUGUUUCUUUUCAAUGAUUCUGAUUUCAAGCUAUAUGAAAGUUCGGAGUUAGAUUUUAUUGUCAAAUUAGAUGAGAAUAAUUUGUCAAUUUCACAACUAAAAGAGAAACUCGUGGUUUGUAUCUAUGCUAUAAUGGAAGAUUUAUUCGUUUACUCAAACUAAUUUAUCAAUUUAUUUAUUUGAGUGUAAGUAAAAUAUUAUAUGAUUUUUAGUUUUUGUUUGCAUUUUGGACGUUUUUUUUUUAAAUUCAAACAACAUUGAUUCUUUUAUGGUGUUUUUGAUCAGA